UGUCAGGCGCGUUGCUCAAAAAAAAUUGGUUGUAGUUACCGGACGUGUGAGGUCUUCUUGCUGUCUACGCAAUGCGGUUGAUGUGCCAAAUAUGUCAAGAGCGUCUGGAGUCUGAUAUCACGUGUGGACCGUGCGGACACACAUUUCAUCAUGAUUGCUGUAUGAGAUGGCUCAGGCAGAGCUCGACGUGUCCGAUAUGUCGAAACUCGUGCAGUCCCAGUCAGAUGGUGAAACUCUUCUUUGAUAAAUGGAGUACGUCCGAAGAUGACAAACAUAAUUUGACAAUGGAAGAUGUCCAGGUUGAACUGGAGUCAUGUAGAAAUGAAGUGCAAGACAAAGAGAGAGAAUUGAAUAAAAGAGAUUCUACAAUCCAAGCUCUUCACGAUGAAAUCGCAACUUGGGAAGGUCGUCAUCAAUCAGUAUGCAGUCAGCUAAGAGAGGAACAGUCCAUAAGAAACACCCUCACGAAACAGAUAUCGGCAAUGGACAGAGAGAUAGCAAAAAAGCAACGUGUUGAAGCUGAAUGUCAAGUCCUUAGUCAACGACUUUCUCUUUUUGAAAAUGUUGAGGCAGUCAUUCGAUCAAAUAAAGAAGAAGUGGCCGAGAUGAUGCACAAGUACAGAGGAGACUCAUCACCAGCCGCUUGCAACAAUUUAGCCACUUGCUUGACAAUGCUUAAAAAUGAGUAUGAGCUGCUUAAAUCAAAGAAAAAGGAUGCUGUUGAGCAGAAAAACAGUUUGCAAAGAGAGUUGUCUCAGCAGAAACUUCAAGGUUACAGAGUGGAGAUGCAACUCAAAGUUUGUCAAGGUCAUCUUACCGAGGCAACAAACGAUAUCAGUUUGUUGCAAGGAGAAAGAGAGGGUCUGCAUAAGAAAAUCAAGGCCCUAGAGCAAGCCUUAGUUUCUCCAGGCUCAAAAUCGAAGCUGACACGCAUUUUGGAAAGUCCUUUACCUGAAAGGAUGGGGCGACUCUUUCUUCCCGGUCAUGAAGAUUCCGAAAGAAACAAAAGAGUUGUGCUGGAGACUCCUCAAAGAAAGAACACUUCGUCAUUCAAGCAGAGAGACGAUACUCACCAAGAUUCAACAAGUGACUCCGAUGAUGAGAACAAACCACCCAUCUUGAAAUCAAAACAGAUGAAACUUGACGUAGACCAUCGUUGUCCCAUCACUGGGAACGACUCUGCUCAAUCCAGUAAAUAUCAAGUCCAGCGGAAGAUUGCACAGCAGGAUACAGACUCUCAGUUUGUUCGAAAAGGCUACAAUGGUUUUGGGGGACACUCGAAAGUCCGAUUGAAGCGAAAAUUGAAGAAUUCGGUGCUGAAACAAACAGCACUCAAUCAAUUGAAACACAAAGCAACGCUCGGUAAACCUCCACCACUGCCAUCACUGAGUGUACCAUCGUCUUCAUUGGGGUACAUAGACUUAGACUAGAUUAGGCAAUCAAUCAGCCGACAGACAGAGAGUAAGAGUAUAUACGUAGUAUGGUCACUUAUAGUGAAGCAGAGAUUUCUUGUGUUUUUGGUUAUUGUAAAUUGGCUAGAUGGCGUGAAAUGAAUUUAGCAAAGCAUGUAUAUGGUACAGUACCAGACAAUCUCGCUUAUCAGGACUACGGGUUAGAAGUCUGGAUAACUGAGUGUCUGGAUAUAAUCAAAGUUGAUAAGUAUCAACUAA